AAAAUGAUGCGAAGGGGUGGGUGGGGUGCGAAAGGACUGAUCAACGGGGGGAUGAAGAAGUCGGUCGAUAUACGUUUAGGUGGGACUUGAAUGGCAUGAGUGUACAAACUUCACGCUAUCGCUCGUGGUCAGUGAAACCAGCGCAGAUUUCGGGUCAAUUAUCUCCCAGUUUGCAUUGCGCCAGGGGCGGCUGCGGCCACGCACGGGCUGUUGACGCAGAGCUCGCGAACGGAACGUCAGAUGUAAUUCGCGUCAGCACGAGCACGCGUUUUAAAAUGGCUGCCACCUCGUGCAACAGUGCUUUUGUGCUCCUAACGGUAACAGCAUCCCUAGUUAGAGCAUUUUUCAUCGACGGCGGAGAUGUCAGCAAAUCUGGGCGUUGCUUUUGUGCACUAAGAUGCUAUUAAGACGAAAGUGGCUGUCUCUACUGAAUCCUACUCAAGCUUUCUCGCUUGUCCUGUCAACUCUCGUCGCCCACACGAUGAUGCCAACAUUAGCCAGCGCAGACGAGCUGCAGGACCUGCCUGACGAGCAGCGACUGUUGGCCAAACUGCUGCAUAACUACAACAGCAACGUCCGGCCAGUCAUCAACUCCAGCCACAGCGUGGAAGUCGUCUUUGGAUUCUCGCUCAUCCAGAUCAUGGACAUGGACGAGAAGAACCAAGUUUUGACAAUCAACGCAUGGCUCGAAUCAACAUGGCGGGACCCGAGGAUGCAAUGGCGGCCCGAGGAGUACAACAACCUCCGCGUCUUUCGUCUGCCUUCCAAGUUCAUCUGGCUGCCUGACAUCGUCCUCUACAACAAUGCUGACGAUUACACAAACGGCUUCAUGCCAUGCAACGUCAUGAUUUUCCCAGACGGCACUGUUUCCUGGCCACCACCUGCAAAACUUCGCAGUUCUUGUCAGGUGGACAUCACUUACUUUCCCUUCGACUGGCAGCGCUGCACGCUGAAAUUUGGUUCGUGGUCUUACGACAAGGCCCAGGUGGACUUGCUGAACAAGACCUCGGUGGUUGAAGUCACAAACUAUGUCACGAAUGGCGAGUGGACACUGCACAAGUACGAUAUCAUCCGUAACGAAGUGGUGUACCCUAUUAGCGAUGCGGUGUACCCAGACGUGACAAUAGUCUUGGUGAUCCAGCGGCGGAUCUUGUAUUACGUGCUGAAUAUUAUGUUCCCUUGUUUCUGGCUGAACAUCCUCAGUGUCCUUACCUUCUGCCUGCCGGUGGACUCUGGCGAGAAGAUCACGCUGAGCAUCACGGUACUCUUGUCCUACUCUGUCUUCAUGCUGCUUGUUGCCGACACCAUGCCGCCCACGUCUGAAGCCGUGCCGCUCAUUGUGCUUUAUCUAACUGUUUCGAUGUCGAUGAGCUCUCUGUCAGUGAUCGUUACUGUUUUCGUCGAAAAACUCCACUACUGUAUUCCAGGACAGAAGAAGCUUCCACAUUGGGCGAAGGUACUGGUCCUCAACUGGAUGGCACGCCUGGUUGGAUGCGCGUACAUGCAGACCUGGAAAAGGAACCGCAAGACAAGGUCCUCUACGCAUGCACCCGAAAUUAUGGUCACACCUUCCUCAGCUACAGCCACUUUCAAACGCAGCGAUUCUGCCGCCGAUCCAGAACUCUCUGUGAAACUGCUAGGCGACAGAUUGGCGUCGGCAACCAAACAUGUUCUCGGCAACAAAACUGCUAACAAUUCCAGUUCGUCACGAGCAACCUUAUCAGUUUUAGGUGACGAAAACCUCAGCCUGGAUGUCCGCUCUCCUAGCCGCAAGAGCUCCUUCAACGUCGGGGACUGGGGUCCCUCCUGCCCUUCCCCCGACCUGCGCUUGGCCAACGCUUCGCCGCAGCGCCUGUCCUCGGGGUCAGAGAGCAUUCGCUUGAGUGUGUACGAACGCGCCAGCACGGGUAUGGAGGACCUCCUCCGUUACCUCAAGGCCAUCGUGGAGCGCGCGCAGGGCGAGGACGAGAUGGAUGUCAUCAACAACGAGUGGAAGCACACGGCAAUGGUGAUCGACAGAUUCAUGUUCUGGAUCUUCAUGCUCAUCACACUGGUCUCCACCUUCGUCGUCGUCGUUCUAGUGCCAGCUUCCAAGUACCAGGAGGAGACGAAGGGCAUUUAGUGCGUUGAACGUUCUCUGCUGAUGAGCAGAACUCU